GCGAUGGACAUUCUUAUACCAGCUUUGGUGUAAGCUGUUCAGCCAUCACCGUCAAUUGUUGGCUUGGUCAUUGACGUAUGCAUCAGAAAACAUGGAGUCAGCACCAAUAUCACAAGAUGGACCAGAACUUCAAACCAAUGGCCAUACGACAAAGAGGCAAGAGAUGAUCAAGCUGCACAAUGCCAAGGUUCAGAAGCAGCAUGAGUUGAUCGAGGCCGGCGGUGAUGAAGGUCGGACCAUCAAGAGGCCCGACUUUUCACAUCAAUACCCUGCGUCGUAUAAGUCAGUCAAGGAGCUGGAGAAGAUAACACUCAACGCUCUCAGACCAGACACCCACCACUAUGGCAAAUGCCUCAUCGUUCGCACCGUCGCCCUUCCUCACACUGGCGUAGGCACGACCACCAUCGUCGAAGACGACACGGGCGCCGUCGAACGGCUGGUCAUAUUUGCCUACAGCGACUCUUCCAUCCUAUCCAACGUGCCAGAGGGCUGCUUUGUGGCGAUCAAGGAGCCAUUCUUCCGCACCUCGUCAAAAGAGGAGAAUGAAGGAGAGCCCGACCAACCUCCUGGCGCAUUCAUCUCGAUCGACCACCCGUCCGACAUUGUAUUACUCCGGUUCAGCGACCCAGCCAUCGCGGCUCGUUUCGGAUCUGUCACGCCACUGCUCGGUUCCGCCGACGAGUGGAAGCAGGCCGGCGACGCCAGCUUCCUGCAAGGCGACCUUGCCACUGCUGCUUUUUGCUACACCGAGGCGCUUGACUUUGCAAGCACUACCGCCAACAACAACACAACCACCACCACUGCCGUCGACAGGCAAGGCAUCCUCGCCAAGCGCGCAGGGACACACCUACUCCUGGGCAGGUUCGACGCCGCGCGCGCCGAUGCGCUCGAAUCCCUCACCGAAGGCGACGGCGGACCCUCUGACUGGCGCGCGCACCAGACUGCAGCCAAGGCCAGCUACGCUCUCGGCGAGUUCGCCACGGCGCUGGCCCACCUCGAAUCAGGCCUGCGGCUCAACCCAACCUCGGCAGCACUGAUCAAGGACCGCGACCGAGCGCGAGCCAGGGUCGCCGAGGAGGAGACGGGGGUGUACGACUUUGGCGGGCUGGCGGCGACGCUCUCCCCCGGACCCGGCGGGCGGCGGUGCACGUUGGACGUGGGCAACUUCACGCGGCGGACCGAGGAGCGGCGGUCGGCCACGCACGGGCGCGGGCUGUUCGCGACGGAGCGCAUCCGCGCGGGCGAGCUGGUGUUUGUGGAAAAGGCGACGGUGAUGCCGCCGCAGUACGACGAGGAGCGGUCGUCGGCGGCGCUGUACGCGGGCGUGGUGCGGCGCAUGCUCGACAGCCCCACGCUGGCCCGGCGGCUGUGCGGCAUGUUUGCCGGCGACUACGCGCACGCCACCGGCCGAGAGGGGCACGUGGUGGACGGCGUCGCCGUCGUCGACGUCUUCCACGCCGAGCUGGUCCGCGUCAAGAACUGCUUCAGCGCCCCGCUCACCACCGCCGCCAGCCUCGGGCCAGACGUCUCGAGGCAGCCGCCCCAGGCCAGGGGCAUGUGGCCGCUCGCCGCCGCCAUGAACCACGCCUGCGUGGCCAGCACGGCGCGGGCGUUUGUGGGAGACGUCUUCAUCACGCGCGCGCUCAGGGAUAUCGCCGAGGGCGAGGAGCUCACUCAGCAGUACAUCCCCGUGCGGGCCGACGUCCGGGCCAGGCAGGGCCAGUACGGGCAGUGGUGGGGCUUUGAAUGUGGGUGUGUGCUGUGCGCGGCGGAGAAGGGUUUGGAGAGCGGCGAGGGUGGAGGUAUGGUGACGCGAAGAAGGUUGCUGCUCAAGCAGAUCGAAAAGAUGGUCGAUAGGAGCGCCACGACGGUCGAGAUGUCGGGCGCCGUCGAUGUCUUUGGCAAAGGCAAGGCUGACAACGGGACGGUGCGCAACGUCGAAAGGGUGAUGGGGUUGCUGGAGGGAGCGCACGAGGUUCAUGUCUACGGACCAAAUGUGGUAUUUGCUGAUGUCGAUGGUGGUGUCGACGACGGAUGCAAAGACACAUCGCCCUUACUCCUUCCACGCCUCCUGCUCAUCUUCCCCAACAUGUGGCUCAUGGACGCGUACCGCGGGCGGCGGAAACAUGCCAAGGUGGUGCAGAUGGCGAGCAAGCUGCUGCGUAACUUUGGCUUCGUCUCCUUCCCUGGGUCUGAGGGAACAACUAUGCAUGAUUUCUUUGAGCGGCAGCCUCGUGGAAACGCGGGCAUCAUGACUAUUCAUCUCGUACGUGCACUCAUGUGUGCAACUGAGGCCCUUCGGCACUUGGGCAGAGCCGAUGAGGCGGCUGAUUGGGAGGCCGCAGCGAGGUUUGCGUUCAAGAUCAUGACGGGAUGGGAAAAUAACCCUGCUGUAAUGCUUGGUUCGUCUUGA